AUGAGCCGCUGGGUCCCAGGACUCCAGCUGGAAGCAGAGCUGGUGUGGCUUCAUCUCCACUCCUCUUCCUCAACCCUCAACAUCUACUGGGAGCUGAGAUUGCUUACCAGAGCCCUCGUCUCCUCAAGACUAUUUGCUGAGAUCUUGUUUCCAGGCAGGUUUUUCUAUGAUCCUUCAGAGGGAUCUGGGUUUCCUCCUCAGCACCAUUCAACUCAACUUUCAUCUGUUUUUAUUAUUUCAGUGCCUGAGACCAGCAUGUCCUGUGUUCUCAACCAGGACUGCAUUUUACCAUGUCGGAUCAAGAACAGGAUUGAUUCAGUACGUUGGUCGUAUGAAAAUCCACCGUCUGAGAUUGUAAGUUAUGACCAGGGUAACAUCAGAUACUCUGAGAGCUUCAGAUCCAGAGCGUCACUGUUUGAGGAUCAGAUCUCCAGAGGAAACGGCGACCUGCUGCUGAGAGGAGUGAAGGUUGAUGAUGAGGGAGGAUAUAAAUGUAUUCCUGUGAUACCUAAGCAGCCCAGUGAUCUGGAAUUAGGUAGACCUCCCUUAUCUUAUAUAAUUGUUGUUCACCUUGCAGUAGAAGCUCCAGUCUCUGACAUCAGAAUCCAUCAGGAUGGAAACAGGAUCACCUGCAGCUCAGAGGGGAUCUACCCUCAACCUGAACUCACCUGGUCCACUGAGCCUCCAUCCAACUCGACUCUUCAGACCAGAACCACAGUCCAUCAGACUGAGGAGAAGCUUUAUGACAUCAGCAGCUCUCUGACGGUUCCAGACAAUGAGACUGAUCGGACCUACAGCUGCACCAUCAGAACCAGGAGGAACCAGAGGAGAGCAACUUUAAAUAUUCCAGCCUCUGUUGAUUUCUCAGGAGCUGAAGUUACAAUCUGCUGCACAUCUUCAGAUUAUUAUGGAACCAGUUUGGUCUGGAGGUUCAACCACCAUCAGAUCAUCCUGACCAAGACUGACAGAAACAUCUCCAACAUCUCAGAGGAGUGGAGGAAACAUGUGAGGAAUGUUUCAGCGUCCGGCAGCCUCACCUUACAGGAUGUGACCUCAGAUCAGGAGGGAGUUUACAGCUGUGAGCUCAGUGGUGAUGAGGAGACGAUUAUAACUCACCUCUAUCUGAGGAGGACUGGAGAGAAUCUGGUGGUUCCUGAACUCAUCAGACGGACGGUGGUUUGUGUUGUGAUUGCAGCAGCAGCAGCUGGAUUCAUAAUGUUCUACAAGAAGAAAAUGGAGGAAAGUGAAGCUCUGCAGCUUUAACCCUUUCAUUCACAUUCAGAGAGUGGUUUUGUUUUAAUGCCAUUCUCACAUUUUACCCGUCAAGAUGAUUCAUGAGCUUUGAUGUAGUUUCACAAAAUGAUCAGCUCUUCAUGUUCUUCAGGUGAUUCUCAUGUUUGGAGACAUUUCUGUUUUUAUUUUUAUGAUGAUUUCAUCUCCUGCCCAGC